AUGGCUGAUGCAGGCGAUCACAGGGCGGCGCCUAUACAUCGGAAGCCAGAUCGUCCUCCUCAGUCACGACCACAUCCUACACAUGGUUCUCAACAUGCUGUUCGGAAUUAUAAAACUUUAUGUGAUAAAGAACUUGGUGCCAAGGAAACUAUUCGCAGAUAUAAUGGCUUUAUACCCGGACAUCCCAAGUACGAUGUCAAGCUACCUCUGUCUGAUCCCAGAAAUCACUAUAUUCCAUAUCGAACAGUACCGCAGGCGGAUCUCAGUGUGCCAUCUUUCACGAUAGAUCGGAAUACCUUGUUCUAUCCUAAAUUGGAAGUCGCCCUUUUCAAGUUAAACGACAAUGUUAAUAAAGCGUUUCUCCAGCAAUUGGCUACGAAAGUAGCACCACCUAUCGAUCUGGAAGUAUUCUAUCAUCCCGUCACCAAAAAGCAUAUGGGAAUGGCGAUGAUUGUUUUUACAACGUAUGCUGAGGCACACAAGUUCGUACUCGAGUACAACGGCAAAAGCAUUAUGGGAGGACAAGUGACUUGCUGCCACGACCCCUACUGUAGGUUUCGUAGACGUUGUACUUUAAAGAAUCAAAAUAAUUGUUAA